CUGGAGAGACGCUUGGUCUUAGAAAGUUCCAGGGUGGCCGGGAGAGGAGGCUCGCGCCUGCCGCCUGAGCGUUGGGAAGCAGAGGCAGGGGAAUGCCGUCUUCCACCAACACCCUGAGCUACAGAGCGGAGAUUCUCUCAGAGACCAAAUACGUCAAUAAAUGGUUAAUGAGAAGAUCCCCGGUGGAGUUAGUGUUGGCAGAGGCGUUGGUGGAGUCGCUGCUCCCAGCUCAGUUCUGAAUCGUUUUGCUUCUCAGUAGUGCGGUGAUGUUGGGCUCACAGACCUGUGCUUAGCCUCAGUUUGUCCGCGUGUAAAGAGUAUACCGUCUAGGAUCUUGGAGAGUGUAGUAAACACUCAUAAUGCACUAACAAUGGAUACACAGAAAGACGUCCAACCCCCAAAGCAGCAGCCGAUGAUAUAUAUUUGUGGAGAGUGUCACACCGAAAAUGAAAUAAAGUCCAGAGAUCCAAUCAGAUGCAGAGAAUGUGGAUACAGAAUAAUGUACAAGAAAAGGACUAAAAGAUUGGUGGUUUUCGAUGCUCGGUGAAAACGUGAAAUUCAGGAGUGUCUUCGUCAAACAUUUGCCCCACUGAUGCUUCUCUGUGUAGCUUUACGACUACAGCCGUGUACCUAUGGCUUCACUUUAGAAAUGUGAUUGUAUUUUAAUACUUGUAUAAAGGAAGUUUUGGUUUA